AUAUGUUAAAUACUAAAUAACUAUGAAAGCCUAUCGUAGUUCUUGUGCAGCCUCUGGUGUAGGAGGCUGUGUAGAACCAGAGCGCGAAAAGGAUGGCUUAAUCUCCCGCGAGCCAAUUGUGGCCCCAAUUGAACACGAUUAUAGUGGCUUUGAUAUUGUUAAAGCGACCCAGUACGGUGCUUUAUCAAGAGUGAAAGAAUUGAUAGAUGCUGGAUGGGAUGUUAAUCAGCCAGAUUCAGAAACGGUUACUUUAUUACAUUGGGCUGCAAUUAAUAAUCGUAAAGAUAUUGUAAGAUAUUUUUUGGACAAAGGGGCUGUUGUUGAUGCUGUUGGGGGUGAAUUAAAUGCUACUCCAUUACAUUGGGCCACAAGGCAGGGACAUCUUGGUACUGCUGUUUUAUUGCUAUCGGCAGGGGCAGAUCCAACUUUACGUGAUGCCGAAGGUUGUUCAUGUUUACAUUUAGCUGCUCAAUUUGGUCACACUGCUCUUGUUGCAUAUUUAGUUGCUCGAGGUGUAAGUCCAGACCUUGGUGACAGGGGUGGAAUGACGGCUCUAAUGUGGUCUUCUUGGAAGAUUACUGCCUUGGACCCAACAAGAUUAUUGUUAACAUUAGGCGCAAGUCCUGGCUUGGCAGACAGCACUCAUGGAAAUACUGCAUUGCAUUGGGCGAUAUUAGCCAGAAAUACUUUGGCGAUAAAUACUUUAGUUCUUCAGGGAAAAUCUUCAUUGAAUACACCAAAUUUUCGUGGUGAUACACCAUUGUCAAUGUUACAAUCACAGUUGGGUUCACUUUGGAUUACACCAAAAGUAGCAGAAAAAAUAAAAGAAGCAUCACAUGCUCCUAAACGGCAAAAUAUUUGUCAAAGGAUUGUAAAUGAUAAACGAUCAAGAUGGUGGGUCAUGGUUUGGAUGCCAUUUUUAACAUUUUAUGUAGCUGGUAUGAUUUUUUCAGCAGAUUUGUAUGUCAUAAUAAAAAUUUUCCUUCUUGGCAUUGUUUAUUCAAUUGUGCACACAAUGGGUCGCUUGCUAUUUGAUGAGCAUUUGAUGGCUCUGCUGCCACUAAGUGUUUACUUAGCUACUAAAGCUUGGUUUUAUGUUACAUGGCUGGGUUACGUAUCUCCAGUGGUCAGUGGGUGGACUACUGUAAUAUUCUUUGCAUGCUCAGGAUUAUUAUGGAUAUGCUUUUUGAAGUCCUGGAGAGGUGAUCCAGGCGUAAUUACACCUACUCAAGAGCAGAGAUUUAGGACUAUAAUUGAACUGUCAGAACGUGGAGGAACUGGUUUUGAGCCUUCAGCUUUUUGUUCAGCUUGUUUAGCCAGGAGGCCAGUUAGAUCAAAGCAUUGUUCUGUAUGCAACCGCUGUGUUGCAAAAUUUGAUCACCAUUGCCCAUGGGUUGGCAACUGCAUAGGAGCUAAAAAUCAUACAUAUUUUAUGGGUUUUCUGUGGAGUUUAUUGCUAAUGUGUGGUUGGAUGAUGUAUGGUGCAGCCAAAUUCUGGUCACAAAGCUGCCCAGGAUAUGUACAGCCUCACACGUCAGGAUUAGUGCAUCAUAUAUCUAGCUCAACCACUACAGUUAAGUCUCAUAUAUUACCUGUUGUGUCUAGUAAUGGGCCGACGUUUGGAACGGCGUUUAUAAACAAAGAACAUUUGACUUCUUCAGCACAUGAAAGUCAAAAUGUCCAGGAUCCUCGCGAUAUGCUAAUAAUGAUGGCUAGUUGUGAACCGUGGAUGGCUUGGGUUGCAGCUAACGCAUUACUGCAUGCUACAUGGGUAGCAGUUUUAGCUUGCUGUCAAACUUAUCAGGUUAUUUGUCUGGGUAUGACGACGAAUGAACGAAUGAACCGAGGCCGAUACCGCCAUUUUCAAGCCCUGGGUGGUAAAUCACCUUUCAACCGCGGGCCCCUAUCAAAUUUUUUAGACUUCUUCGAGAUCAAGACUCGAUGUUUUGGUCUGCAUGAGCCCCAAAACGUCAAUUGGAUGACCAGCUUUGAGGUAUCGGGUAAAAGCGCAGUUGAGCAUGAACCGCUGCUGAUGAGAGCACCUGCUGCAGAUAAUUUUCAAUAUGUGUAGAAAAAGGAUUGAUUAGAAAAGGUAAAAAUUUAACAUAGUUUAAUCAUAGUAUCAACUAGUUAUCAUUAAUCAACUAGUAGUUCUAUGAGUUUAAUGAGUCAUCAGAUGGUUUUAACGUUUUUCAUUUUGUUUGCUACCGAUCGAGUUUGAAAAGCUGUUAAUGAUAUGAAACCAAAUACCUUAUGAUAUUGUACACCCAUAUACAGUUCAUAUUGUU